AUCUCACGUGGUCAAUUUGUUUGUUUGUCACCUGAGUAUAACUUCAGCAGAAGAAACUUCCCUCUAACCCCUGCCAUUAUGUAUUAUUCCAUGACUCAAAGGUCACCUGGUGGUACAGAGAUGCUCAGCCUCAGCCGAUGUGCACUAGGACAAACACAAAAUACCCAAUCCGAGUCUUUUCGGCUGAUACGCAGUGGGAUGCGUUAUGUUACGACGCACAGCAUAACAGAGUACCCCGUAUAACAACUCGGCCAGUUAAACCGUCAAUACGAACAGCACGGAGUACGAUAACUAGGUUCACACGGCUGCGAAGUUUGGAUUACGGUUGCUACUACAAUCGGCGGGCGAUAGCGACAGCAACGGCGACGGCGAUGGCGGUGCUACUAGCGUUGGUUACAAGGAAUCAAGGCCGUACUGCCGUAUAUGCCUCGUUCUCUCACUUAUGCUUCCAACCCCGAUAUCAUCAUACCACCUAGCCUGACAGGAGAGCCGCAGCGGUAAGACCAACCAGUUGUCAGUGCUGUCCACGAGUUCGGGGGAAUACAAGGACAGAUAAUGCAUGCCACGCCACUUUGAGUCUGUGCACGCGCUCUCUCCAGGGUCGCAGAGGGGGCCGGGAAUCCCUCGUCAUCGCCGGCGGUUACUCCCGCUGGUACAU